UGUCCAGGCUAGCCAGAUCAUUGAGAUCACUGAAGCCAGAAGCCUGGCGAGAGGAGGGAGGAGGACCCUGGACACAGCCACGGUGGGCGCGCCCUGCCAAGGAGGGCGGAGGGCGGAGCAGGAGAAGGAGGGAGAAGGGAGGGAGAGUGAGCGAGUGAGACACAAGAAAAGCUUGCGCGCCACCGCCCUCCUCGGGAGAGAGGUUGGAGUGAGGCAAAGCGGAGAACCACAUUUCAAUGAGGACCAGCUCCGGCGCAUCCGUGCACUAGCGGCCGCAGCCUAGACGCUCGUACUCCGCAGCCCCAGCCGCGCCCAGCCCGGCGAGGACAGCUCCAGCAGCCAGCCACAGACAACCCAGCGGCCACCCGCGAACGGUUCCACAACGCAAGGCAGUCAUGUCAUUCGGUAGAGAUAUGGAGUUGGAGCAUUUUGAUGAGCGGGACAAGGCGCAGAGGUACAGCAGGGGGUCCCGUGUGAACGGCCUCCCCAGCCCCACACACAGCGCCCACUGCAGCUUCUACCGCACCCGCACGCUGCAGACGCUGAGCUCGGAGAAGAAAGCCAAGAAGGUUCGAUUCUACAGAAAUGGGGACCGCUACUUCAAAGGGAUUGUUUACGCCAUCUCCCCAGACCGCUUCAGAUCCUUCGAGGCCCUGCUGGCUGAUUUGACCCGAACUCUCUCGGAUAACGUGAAUUUGCCCCAAGGGGUGAGAACCAUCUACACCAUCGAUGGACUUAAGAAGAUCUCCAGCCUGGAUCAGCUGGUGGAAGGUGAAAGCUAUGUCUGCGGCUCCAUUGAGCCCUUUAAGAAACUGGAGUACACCAAGAAUGUGAACCCCAACUGGUCGGUGAACGUCAAGACCACCUCAGCUUCCCGGGCAGUGUCCUCGCUGGCCACUGCCAAGGGGGGUCCCUCGGAGGUUCGGGAGAAUAAGGAUUUCAUUCGACCCAAGCUGGUCACCAUCAUCAGGAGUGGGGUGAAGCCGCGGAAGGCUGUCAGGAUCCUGCUGAACAAGAAGACAGCCCAUUCCUUCGAGCAGGUGCUCACUGACAUUACCGAUGCCAUCAAGCUGGAUUCGGGUGUGGUGAAGCGCCUGUACACCCUGGAUGGGAAGCAGGUGAUGUGCCUUCAGGACUUUUUUGGUGACGAUGACAUUUUUAUUGCAUGUGGACCAGAGAAGUUCCGUUACCAGGAUGAUUUCUUGCUAGAUGAAAGUGAAUGUCGUGUGGUGAAAUCCACUUCUUACACCAAAAUAGCAUCAGCGUCGCGCAGGGGCACCACCAAGAGCCCAGGACCUUCCCGGCGAAGCAAGUCUCCCGCCUCCACCAGCUCAGUUAAUGGAACCCCUGGUAGUCAGCUCUCUACUCCACGCUCGGGCAAGUCACCAAGUCCGUCACCCACCAGCCCAGGAAGCCUGCGGAAGCAGAGGGACCUGUACCGCCCCCUCUCGUCGGAUGAUUUGGACUCAGUAGGAGACUCAGUGUAAAAGACACAAUGGAGCGAUGUGUAUGGUUUGUGGUGGGAUAAAGGUUUCCCGUUUCCUAAGCAAGCGUCUAACAGCAAAAUACACAAAAGAGUUUUGCAUAGAUGAUUAAGUCAUUCAGAAGCAAGCGUGCACACAUUUUCUAUUCCUCUUUGAAAAAAAAAAAUUUAUACUAUCUCCUCCAUUUGAUCUAACGGAGGAGCAUUGGAAUACAAUAUUUGUUCCAUCGCUGAGGGUUUUAUGAGUAAGGCCUGGUUCCAGGUAAAUUUCAUAUAUGGAUCCAAUGUUGAGUACCAGAACCACCCUAAUGAUUCAGCAUUUUAGAGUCAUUUCUACAAACGAGUUUUCUUUUAAUCAGUAUGUAGACAUAGAGAUACAAUUUUUCUUUACUUACAAAGGAAAUUCAAAUAACGGUAACAGAUGUGGUUUUUCUAAAAGGUACACUUUUUAAAAAAAAAUCGUAUGACUGAUUAGUUAUUUUAUUGCAAGAUAAGACAAAAAAAAAAAACCCUCUUCCUGACUUUUCUGCUGAUUUUUCUGCUUGAGUAUGUCUGAAAGGGAGAGGGGAGCCCUACAGCAGACAGCUCACAAAGACUAACAUAAGCAGUCAGACUGCUCUGUUUUUGGUGUCACGUGGAUUUUAUUUUUCAAGGUUAUCUUUUAUAAAAAUAGUUUCAGCUACACAAAAACACGAAAAACUUGGCAUUAUUGCUAAUUAUAUAAUGCUUCUCUAUAACAGCCAACAGUAUUUUUUUCAAUUAUUGGACCUGUACUUUUUUUUUUUUUUUUUUUUCAAAAAAUAAACUCAGUUUGAGAAUUAAAAUUCUCCUAAAUGGUGCUUGUACAUUGGAUCUCCAUGUAUCCAGCGCUCCAUUCUGAUCAGCCCUGAAUCUUGUUUGGAAUAUUUUCAUAUGCAAAACUCCUUUUGUGUCAAACCAAGUGUGUCUAUGAUUAUAACCCACUGUUGAACAUUAACCUACUAAUUCUUCUCUUCUAGUCCUCUGUUCUCAAAAGUGUAAGUUGGCUUUGCUUUAGCAUAAAACAAUUAUUUUUAAAUAUAGAUGUUAGAAAUCAGUAUUGUAUUUAGACCAUACCCGUGACUAUUUCUUUUUAACUAGUUCAAACACUAACAAUUUAAGACUUACAAAGCAUGGAUUUUAUAUUCUCCAGGCUUGACAUAUCUCAGUUUGGUGACAGAUUUAAAAUGUAUGGUGCCAUUUGGAGCCUUUUACUUAAAAUUUUGUUCAAAUUUUCCUUGAAAAUUCAAGAUGGAGAGGAACUCCCUUGUCAUACAGUUUCAAAUGUUAUUGAUUUAUUUCCCUGAGUAGACUGUUCAACUAGCAAAUUUUUCCAUCUGGUUUAUAGUUACCUAUGUUAGCAUCAUGCUUGACAAGUGAAUAAAAUAUUCCAACUGAAGAAGAAAAACAAAACGUCCAGGCAACAUACCAGCAUUUGAAAAUUUAGCCGAGUAAUAAUUAGUGCCUCAUUACUCUGUCUGUUAGAGAGGAGGGCACCCCUUUGGCAUGUUAUUUGAGAACUGCAGACUGAUCUCUCCAUCUUGAAAGAACAGAAAAUAAUCAUACCUGUUCCAGACUUCAGAUUUUAAAACUGUUUCCAAUCGACAUGAACAGAGACUCCUGCUGAGAUCAAAGGACUGCCUUGUCUUAGCUGAAACAGUAAACAUCUGUGAGGAUGCCUGUGCUGUCCAUUGCAGUGUUAUGUCUUUGUAAAAUGCAUUACUUAAUACAGUUAAGCCCAUAAAAGAUUAGUAUGUAUUUGACUAACCUGUCAAAAAUGCAAAGAAAGCAGUGGGUCAGAUAGUCCAGAACAAAAAUAAAUAAAUAAAUAAAUUUCAGUAAUUUCAACUUCCCUGUGUAGUCAAUCUUAUGGACAACUACUGCACAGAGAAACACAAUAAAUGCUAUUUACUCUGUGUUAAGUAGCAGAUAUUGCCAGUUGCUAUAAAGUCCAUGGCUUUGUUUAGAUACAGCAGAAAGAGAGCAGACUUGGACUAAUCGCCAGUAGGUUUUGUGGCCAACUUUCCAUUCAAGUAGUUCCAGAGAGAUGCUAUUCCAUGGCAUUUCGUUUUGGAACAUAUGACUUUUAUUAAAGGAUUGUUCAAGGGCCAUAUAUCUCAUUUACUUUUGAAACUAAAGUCCCUCUGAGAUUGAAAUAGCAUACUCUGAGAUCUCUUUCUAUGCAGGGAAUAAUUCUAUUAUACUAAAGCAAAAUUUUUAAACACCCAAUCAGGAAACCAGUUCAUUGGUAAAAAAACCCAAUGGAUAAUUUACAGUCACUUAAGAUGUGACUGCUUUUAGAAUUCUUCUUACAUCAUUAGUCACUGAACUUUUAAGAAUGACCUUCUGAGCAGGAGAGGACUCCAGCCAACCAAAGUCACAUGCUUUCCUCCUGCUGAUAAACCCCUAAACGUAGACUAUCCUGUGUUGACCUUUUCAGGAUUUUGCGUUUAUGUUUGCAUUUUUUUAAGACAUAGCUAGAGAGAAAGAUGUUACAAAGAGUUCCCUGCUUUCAGCAUUUUUUAAGCUAAAAACCCAGUGAUACACAAAACAUGGUGUUCAGCAUGAACUCAAAAGCCAUGUGGAGUGGUCGUUGUCUUGAUCCAUCAUUUUGGCAGCAGGUCUGUACUGUUAUAGGUGUCUAAACUAGAAGUUUGAGGUUCACCCAUCUAUACACAUACCUGCAUGCAUAUAUGAGGUCACCUUAACAUUUCAAAAUCAGCUCCCAUUUUCUGCAAACGUCUGGUCAACUCUGGCAUGCUGCCAGGGCUUUCUAUGCUAAGUAGCAAAGGUACUUAGCUAUCCUCUACUUCGCAUCCACACCUGACUGUGGUUUUAUUUCUGUUUAAAAACCCUGGUGUCUAAAAGCUUUGUUUUUAAAGAAUAGAUGUGAACAAAAAUGCAUAAGAAUAACCCUAAAAUAUAAAUCCAUAUAUUUUACCUGCUGAACUGCCAAGUUUAUUUGUUUUUUUUUUUUUUUUUUUUUUUUUUUUUAUGGUGGCCAUGUAUCUAUACAGGUGUUUAGGUGGGUUUUUUUUUUUUGCAUUUGCAGGAUUCAGUGUAUAUGUGGGUGUGCCUACAUAAAUAUGUAUGUAUAUAGAACAUGAAGAGUAAAGGGUGAUAUUUGUGGUAUGGCCUUAAAAGUUACCGGCUCCUAUAGAAUUGUAUGUAAAGCUCUAUGUCAUAAAGUCAUGAUGUACAUACUAGUUGGCACAUAUUUAAGCUCAAAAUCAAUUUGCUAAGUCAGCAUGGUGAAGCAGUUCCAAACCUUCACAUGUACCUUCACAUGCAUUGAUUUAUCCAGUAUUAACUGAAAUCCAGACAAACAGAGAAACUGAAAUCCAAGCAAAUCCAGUCUUACACUGAUUCUUAAAUGUAUAUACUCAUUGAUGUUUCUAUUGUAAAUCCUUGAUGUUCAGUCAGUAAGCUGAUUGAAUGCAAUGACAUCUUCCCAUUGUGUGUGUAUUGAUGACUACAGUAAUUAUCAAUCAAUAUUUACUAAACAGAUUAGACUGCUGGGUAGUUGUGUGUUGUGCUGAAAUAAAAGUAGGACAGGUCAAAGUAAGCUUGACUUGAAGUUUAGUUACAAAGCCAGGUAACAUGUAAGGCCAUCCUGUGUGUUCUUUUCAUGCUUAUAAACUGUUAAACUACUUUGAAGAUACUCGCUGUGUGUAUGUAUGUCUACAUGAGUGUACAUGCACUUGAAAAUGAUUAUUGACUGAAGUUUACUGUCUGUGUACCUUUGCUCAUUUGUACCUAUCUGCAUUAGCCUUGCCAGUGCCUCUAAUUGUGCAUGUUAGUGACAGCAGUGUUUGAUUGAACGAACCCACAGAGAAACAGUGAGGAGAUACGUUAAGUUAAUUAUAAUAAUCGCCGAUACAGCGUGUUAAACUGUCAGCUGAAAAAUAUCUCUAAUUUUGUGCCUGCAACAUGUGUAGGAAAAACUGGAAAAUCUAAGGCCCUCACUAUAUUUUUAAGAGUGCAUGACAUACGGUGUCUUUAAAAUGUGAUAAAAGGUGAUGGACAAAUUCUGAGGUGGUGAAGCAUGGGACACUAGGUGUUUGUAUUAUAUAUGGCCACACAAUGUUUUUGAAGCCAGGGUAGUAGAUAGUGGAAGGUUAAUAGGCAAAGAAUAUGGAAGUUAAUUUUACUGUGGUGUGCUUUUGAGGUGCUUUUACUCAUUGUCAGACAAGGAACUUAUUUCCCUUUCUUUUUUCCCCUGAGGACUCUUUGAAACACUACGAGCGUUAUAAAGUGGUAUUAUUUUUUCUUAUAAAGGUUGCAUACCCUUUGCAGUUGGAGUUGCUUGGAUGUAUAGUCUUUUCUUUUUUGGGGGGGCGGGGAGGAACGCAUUUGUUAUUAAAAUGGUUUAAGCAGCAGUAUAUUGGGAAAUACAUCAAUGGAGGCAAUUCACACACAUGUGUAGAGAUGAGAACUGAUGAAAUGUUUUCUUGAACUACCCAGGUUGGAAAGUUUUCAUGCCUUUGUGCUGUAGUUUCCUUGUAAAAUGCUGUACCUUGUGUUUCACAUGCAACCAUGUUACUCUUCCCUGAACUUGACUUUGUGACAUUUAGCAGCUUAGCCAAACCAUGUAAUAAACAGGAAAAACUGC